AUCAGAUUAACUGGGAAGAUCUGGGAAAGCUUAAAGGUGGUAGGGCUUUGAACUGAUUCUUAAAGGACUGAUAGAACUUGAUCAGAUAGACGGAGGUAGGAAGGGUAUUCUAAACAGUAAAUAAUGUUGAGAAAAGGCUUGGAAAUAGAAGAACUGUAGGAUUUAUUUGGGGAAGAGAAACCAGUAAUCAUAUGUUCUUGGGGCAUAGGGUUUGAGAAGGUAUAUAGUUUGAAAAAGGUAGGUGGUACUAAGUUAAAAAUACUUCGUGAAUUUCUUUAUCAGAGUACUUCAAAUUGAACAAUCUCUCUCCUUCCUUUUCAUACACUUGUCAUCUACUUGGAUAUGCUGGGAAGCAAAUUGUAUUUUCUUGAAACUGAAAUUUUGAAUACAGUAAAACCUUGUAACCUAGUUAACUUAUAAAAGGGGCCAUGUGAUUCCUUCUCCCAAUGUGAUAGUUAUGAAAGGGUGUACUGUAAGUUCCAGUGACAUAAACUCUGUUAUCGCUAGAUGAGGAAAUCCCAUAAUAUGACUAACAGAUGAUUUCAGUUUCAUUUUAGUAUUCGAUCUUAAAGGUUUACAUACCCUUUAAUGACACUUAUUUUCAGUGAAGAAGAAAUAAAAGAUGCCAAGGAUGAAGAUUUUCCAGAAGGGACUUUGAGUUAAAGACAGCUUUUUAUACUUGGCAAUUCUGGAGUCCAGAAGUCCAAUAUCAUGUUGCCAGCAGGGUUGGUUUCUUGUGAGUCCUCUUUUUGUUGGUUGCAGAUGACUGCCUUCUUGCUGUGUCCUCAUGUGUUGUCAUCUGUAAUGAAGAUCAUUGAGAAAACUGAAUGAAGACUUUUAACAUUGGAUCUGGAUAGGAGGUUUAGAAAAGAAAAUUAAAAUUAGUCACUUUAGUUUUAGUGUUCCAAUCUCAUAAUAUUUAUUCUUUCUUCUGAAUAAAUUCAGGGAACAGAAACUAAAAUUCAUUGCUAUCCUAAUGGACACAAAUAUUUGUUCUUUGUGUGUGUGUGAGAGAGAAAAAAGUAGCUAACCAAGAGCUAUAGUGAUUCAUAAUGAAAUACACUAAAUUGAAUUUUAUGAUGUCAGUUCUUGGCAUUGUAAUCUAUAUAACUGAUUUAAUUGUGGACAUCUGGGUGUCUGUCAGGUUUUUCCAUGAAGGACAAUAUGUUUUUGGUAUUUUAACAGUAAGCUUUAUGUUCUUUGGAACACUUGUGGUUCAGUGUUUUAGUUAUUCUUGGUUCAAGGCUGAUUUAAAAAAAGCAGGCCAAGAAAGUCAGCAUUGUUUUCUUCUACUUCAUUGCUUGCAAGGAGGAGUUUUUACAAGGUAUUGGUUUGCCUUGAAAAAAGGUUAUCAUGUGGCUUUCAAAUACAGCAGCAAAACAGAUAACUUCAUGGAAGAACAAAUUGAUCAGCAUAAAGAAGUUAUAGAUAGAAUGACUGAUUUGAGCAUGCUCAGGCUGUUUGAGACCUACCUGGAAGGCUGCCCGCAGCUUGUUUUGCAGCUCUACACCCUUCUGGAACAUGGUCAAGCAAAUUUCACUCAGUAUGCUGCCAUCAUGGUUUCUUGCUGUGCUAUUUCUUGGUCGACUGUUGAUUAUCAAGUAGCUUUAAGAAAAUCCUUGCCUGAUAAAAAUCUCCUUAAUGGAUUCUGUCCUAAACUCACAUACCUCUUUUACAAAUUGUUUACAUUAUUAUCUUGGAUGCUGAGUGUUGUACUUCUUUUGUUCAUAAAUGUUAAGAUUGCAUUAUUUCUGUUGUUAUUUCUUUGGUUUUUAGGGAUAUUGUGGGCAUUUAAAAAGCAAACUCAGUUUUGUGCUUCUAUAAGUAUGGAAUUCUUAUACAGAGUUGUUGUUGGAUUCAUACUUACCUUUACAUUUUUUAAUAUUAAGGGACAGAACACCAAAUAUCCAAUGUUCUGUUAUUAUAUUGGAAGGGUACUGGUCACAGUGGGGAUAUUAAUUGUGUUUUGGGUUUGCCCAGUCUCUAUUUUUAAUUCAGACUAUUUUAUACCUAUCAGUAUCACUAUAGCUCUUAGUCUGGUCCUUGGAAUUAUUUUUCUUAUUGUUUAUUAUGGGACUUUGCAUCCAAACAGAAAUGAAGAAACAAAACCUGAUGAAACUGAUGGAAUAGCAGCUGAAAGAGAUUGUAGAGUGAAGUAUUUUCUAAUGGAAUAGCUAUUCAUUUAUGAGAUAUGUUUUUUUAUUUUUUGUUUCAUUGGUUAGUAAAGAAAAUGUCAUAUGUA